AUGUUGUCUUCAACCCAGUUCAGCGCCCUCGUCUGCCUCGCGCUCAGCCUAGCAGUCCACAGUGCACCUACCGGUACCGGAACGACCAGCGCGUACAUCCGUAGCCCUCAAGAUCCCAUCAGCGAGCUCCUCGGCGGGCUCCUCGUCACCAUACCGCAAUCGAACUCUACACAGACAGGCUCACCCAUACCACUCCCACCACUUCUACCGCUUUUGCCUAUUCUUAAUAUCAAGCGCCAAGCAAACGGCAUCAUCGGGCAGUACACUCUAGCUGAGCUCAUCGACCUCAUUCAAGUCUUGGCUGAGGGCUUGGUAUGUGGGAGAUGGGAGAUGGGACUUUUGAAUUCAUGCUGA